AUGUACCCGAUAGCCUUCAAGCAUCAAGCGUUGGGUCUACUUGAGACAAUGAACGACUAUGAAGAUGCCGCCGAGCUUGGUGUAGCGCGGCGCACCAUUCGAAACUGGCAAAGCAAACGCUCCGAACUCCUAGCCUAUAAUGGCAACAAGAGGCGAAUAAAGCUCAAACCUGGCCGCCGCCCAGAAGUGUUUCCUGGUCCAACCGGAAUGCUUGAGUUCAUCAAUGGAUUGAGGGACGCUGAGCGUGCGCUGAGCGUGCGCUUACCACGAUCCAUGUGGUCACCUGGAUCAAGCGUAACCGGCGUGCAUGGCUCGUAUCGUACUUGGCCAACAAGAAGCCGGGCACUGGAUAGAACUCCCUCCUCCUCCUUUUUCGACGCUUUUCCGCUCGACAUGGACUUUCAAGACAACGACCUGAAUUUCAUCCUGAGUAUCGUGCCCAUGGGUCGGAAAGCGUGUAUAACGUAG